GCCCGGGAGGCAGGGAAGAGUUAAGUUUGGAAGGCUCUGCAGACACGUUGAGGGGGAGUUACCGAGCCCAGGCAGCAAAAACAUCCCGGCGCAUUCCUGGGGAGUCCUCAGCUGCCAGCAUCUGAUUAGAACCAUAUCUCUCGCCGGGAGUGGCCGCGCGGCUCGAGCUCCGGCCCGCGGCUAUUUAAGCGGGGCCACCGCGGCGCUGCGCUGCAGCCCGGAGGCUCCGCGCGGGAAGUCAUGCUCGCCUCGCACAGGCGCUAGGAGCUGGUUUGAGGUGCAGGAUCUUGCAACAGGUUUAGAGAAGAAAGUGGUUUAGAGAAGAAAGGAAACUGCCUUAAGGAGACACAGGAGGCAGUAGAGACCUGUGCACCAGAGUGGCUGGUGCCAUGACAACAUCUUAACAAGGCAGUGACACCUGGAAAGAGUGGUGUGCAUGCUACAAGCCUGGAAGGAAGAGAAAAGGAAGAUGUCUCAUUCAUCUGCUGACUCUGAAAAAGCAUCCCAGAGGUGUGUGCCAUAGGUUAUGUUCAUCUGAGACUCAGCCAUCAGGGAUCACGUGGUAUCACUAAGUGUCUGCUGGGGCUGGGAUUUGCUGCUUGCCCUCUUGCCAUGUCCAACGAAGUAGAAACGAGCACGACCAACGGUCAGCCUGACCAACAGGCUGCACCAAAAGCACCAUCAAAGAAGGAAAAGAAGAAAGGCACUGAAAAAACAGACGAGUAUCUCUUGGCUAGGUUCAAAGGCGAUGGUGUAAAAUAUAAGGCCAAGCUAAUCGGAAUUGAUGACGUGCCAGAUGCCCGAGGGGAUAAGAUGAGCCAAGAUUCUAUGAUGAAACUCAAGGGCAUGGCAGCAGCUGGUCGGUCUCAGGGACAACAUAAACAAAGGAUCUGGGUCAACAUUUCCCUUUCUGGAAUAAAAAUAAUCGAUGAGAAAACUGGGGUAAUAGAGCACGAACAUCCAGUAAAUAAGAUCUCUUUCAUUGCUCGUGAUGUGACAGACAACCGGGCAUUUGGUUACGUGUGUGGAGGAGAGGGGCAGCACCAGUUUUUUGCCAUAAAAACUGGGCAACAGGCUGAGCCAUUAGUCGUUGAUCUUAAAGACCUUUUUCAAGUUAUCUAUAAUGUAAAGAAAAAAGAAGAGGAAAAGAAAAAGGCUGAAGAAGCCAACAAAACAGUCGAGAAUGGAAGCGAGGCUCUAAUGACUCUAGAGGAUCAAGAUAACAAACUGAAAUUGGGUGUUGACCAGAUGGAUUUGUUUGGGGACAUGUCUACACCUCCUGACCUAAAUAGUCCAACAGAAAGCAAAGAUAUCCUGUUAGUGGAUCUAAACUCUGAAAUCGACACCAAUCAAAAUUCUUUAAGAGAAAAUCCGUUCCUAACAAAUGGCAUCACCUCCUGCUCUCUUCCACGACCAAAACCUCAGGCAUCCUUCUUGCCUGAAAAUGCCUUUUCUGCCAAUCUCAACUUCUUCCCCACACCUAAUCCUGAUCCUUUCCGUGAUGAUCCUUUUGCACAGCCAGACCAAUCGACACCCUCUUCGUUUGAUUCUCUCAAACCUCCAGAUCAGAAGAAAGAGAAUUUGUGUAGUCUGUCUACUCCACUGAGUAAUGGGCCCCAAAACGGUGAUGUUGAUUACUUUGGCCAGCAAUUUGACCAGAUCUCUAACCGGACUGGCAAACAGGAAGCUCAGGCAGGCCCGUGGCCCUUUUCAAGUACGCAAAGCCAGCCAGCAGUGAGAACUCAAAAUGGGGUGUCUGAAAGAGAACAGGACGGCUUCCAUAUCAAAUCUUCCCCAAACCCUUUUGUGGGAAGCUCUCCCACAGGACUCUCUGUACCGAAUGGCAUAAAGCAGGACUUGGAAAGCUCUGUCCAGUCCUCACCACAUGACUCUAUAGCUAUUAUCCCACCUCCACAAAGUACCAAACCGGGAAGAGGCAGAAGGACUGCUAAGUCUCCAGCAAAUGACCUGCUUGCAUCGGACAUCUUUGCUCCUCCCGUCUCAGAACCUCCAGGCCAGACAUCACCCACAGGACAGUCUGCAGCCCCCCAGAGCAACCCCUUGGAUCUCUUCAAAACAAAUGUUCCUGCCCCGGUGGCACCUCUUGCGAGUCUAGGUAGUGUCCCAGUGUCCCCUCCGCAAGCAGGACCGUGGAGCCCACCCAUUGUCUUUAAUCAGUCCACUCCCAUGGUCCCGGGAGCCAUGCUGGGUAGCCAGCCUGCAGCUUUCAGCCAGCCGGUUGUUUUUGGUGCUAGCCCAGCUGUUCAGUGUUGGAACCAGCCUUCGUCCUUUGUAACCUCCACCUCGCCCUCACCCCCUGCAGCUUGGGGUUCCUCUGUAUCUGUGGCACCCAAUUGUUGGCCCACAGCAAGCUCCUUGGGGAACCCUUUCCAGAGCAAUGUUUUUCCUCCACCACCUGCUCUGUCCUCUUCCAUGCUGCCCUCGCUCGUGGUCAGCCCUCCUCAGCCACCUCCCAGAACUGCUCCAAAGGACAUCCCCAGUGAUGCCUUCACUGCCUUAGACCCGCUUGGGGAUACAGAAGUCAAAGAAGUGAAAGAAAUGUUUAAGGACUUCCAACUGCGGCAGCCACCUGCCCUGCCCUCCAGGAAGGGAGAGCAGCCUUCUUCUGGCACUUCCAGUGCCUUCUCCAGUUAUUUCAACAGCAAAGUCGGCAUUCCCCAGGAGAGUGUGGACCAUGAUGAUUUUGAUGCUAAUCAACUGUUGAACAAGAUCAGUGAACCACCAAAGCCAGCUCCCAGACAAGGUGCCCUGUCAGUUACCAAAUCUACCAACAGAGCGUUUGAGAAUCCUUUCUCUAAAGAUUCCUUCAGCUCACCACAACCCUCUACGGCUUCUCCUCAACCUGCAUCUUCUGAUGUAUAUAGGGACGCUUUUGGAAAUCCUUUUGCCUAACUCUGUAAGUAGGAGAUCCCACUAAGCUUGUCUGUGGGGGGAAUGAUAUUGAUAAAGAGUGAGAUUUUAUUUUCAGGGUUGGAAAGAAGUUAAAUGUCUGUAAUUUAUCAGUAAGAGAUACAGAAAUCUGUUCCGGGCUAAUUCAAUAAUGACUGAACAUUUACAGAGAGAAUUAUUAAUCACAUCAAGAUAUGAUAUGUCCAUGGGAUAAGCGUUGAUAUUUCAGUUCUGAAUGGAAGUAAAAUUCAGUACAACAUACAUGUUUUGAGCGUUCUAACUUUUUAGCCUUCAUAUUGAAGUGGCUGAGAAGUGUUCCCACAGUAACUUGGUUUCCUGUAAAAUGUUCUACUUCUGAGAACCUUUUGAAGCCACCAAACAAGUCAACUAAAUAGACAGUGGUCACGACUUUUCUGCCUUGUAUUUCUGUGUGAGCCCUCUCAGUCACUCUGUGAUAUUAACUCUAAGUUAGUUGCAGCUCUUACUGUCUCCUUCAGAAGUGGUAAAAAUCAAAAUUCAACAGAAGGCUGGUCCCUCUCUGGUGGGCUUCUUCCUCGAUAAGCUCUUAGGUGUGCCCACCUCAGUGCCUGCCGGGGUCUGCUGUUGUGUUCCAAAUCUAAAAGAUUGAAGUUAUGUGAGGAAAGGAAGUAUUUUUUCCAUUUUGGAGAAGGUAGGGAAAACUGGUAAGGGCAGAACAAUAAAAAGAAUGAAAAGAAUCCAAGUCCAUGUUUCUAAAGCAUUGCCACACUGAAGCAUGGCGCUAAACUAGGCCUUAACGCAUCUAUAAUUACAAUUGUUUUAAAUGUAUAAGCAUCUCAAAUGUGACAUCAACAGUAAGGUUGAGUGUAUAGCAUCCUGUGAUCAUUCCCCCUUAUCCGUGGAAGGUGAAGAUCCAAGACCCCCAGUAGAUACCUGAAGCUCGGAUAGUACUGAAUUCACUGUGCGCUGCUUCCCCACACAUGUCUACCUGCAAUAAAGUUUAAUUGGUAAAUUAGAUGCACUAAGACAUUCACAACAAUUAAUAAAUAUAACCCAUUAUAUUAGUAGAUUGGGUGGAGAUAACUUGUGAAAGAAAACAGCUAAUGUUACUGAGCACUUGUGUUAAUUACUUUACUUGUUCAACAUUUAUUAUCUUACUGAAUUCCUCACAUGAGCCUUGGGAGAUGCUAUGAUUGACAUUUGUAGUAAUUACUGGACAUUUAAUACUAAUUCAAAAGUUCUAACCACAAGUUUUUUCUUCUCCGUGUCUCUGUAGGAACUUGGGAUGCUGACUAUCCAGAGGAAGGAGAAGAUUGGCUUUAGUAGUCAAGGACAAAGCUAAUAGGCAGACACGUGCUGUCCACUGUCCUUGUUCAGCUUUAAUGAGUUAUCUGUUGCCUUAUUUCUUAUUGCCUCUUCCACUUGUAAAAUUCCUUUCACUUUCUGCCUAGGCUAAAAGCUAAGCUGAAUCUAUGGCUUUAAGUAAAUGAAGAUCCUAAACUCUUUAGCACAAAUGUAAAUGAAGUAGCCUUCCACCACGUUCUUAUACCUGUGAAGUUCCUGCACCCUCAGAGACAACAUCACAUCUUCCGCUGUCUGGUUGGGCCAGGCAGACACUGCCGCCCAUUACUGUUUUGAGUAAAUAGCCAGCUCCUUGCUUAAUGUGAGCAUUCUGUUUCCUAAAAUUCCGGUAGAACAAUACCUUUCUUAAAAGAACUUCCUUCCAGCCAUCACUUACAGAAAAUGUUUUGAAUAAAAUGAAAGUCCAGAGUCUCCUCAGAUACUCUGAAAUCUAAUUCACCUGAGGACCUUUUUUAAAAGAUAGUUUCUCUUCUUUCUGAAGACCAACUUCUCUCACAGCCAAGACUGUCCUUUUGGUAACUCUCUAGCUCUUGCAAAUAAGGGGAAAAACAUUCAUCUCUUUACCUUUCUCCUCUGAUUCUUUUUUCAGUCUCUUCCUGGUUCAAGUACCCCUCCCCCUCCCAGGCUAUUUCAUUCAUUUGUUUGUUUGUUUGUUUGCUUCUUGUUGUUGGUUUUACAAACCAUAGAUUUUCAUGGGGUUAAAACAAUAUCAAAUGAUUCACAGAUCUGGAAUCAAAUGGUUCACAUACCUGGAACCUGUCUUUCUCCUGAGUAAUGCUAGUCCCAGUAACUACAUGUGUAUACCCUAUAACCUUCCCUGGACCGGGGGACCAUCCUCAGGCUGAAGUUCAUAACAGCAGUGAAUGUGAAAGAAAAUUUGAGCUCCACUCAACACUGAAGGACCGUGCUCUACAGAGCAGCACAUGUGACUGUGCCCAACACCCUGGUGCUUAUUGGUGGGGGAAGUCAUGCCGGACCUUCAUCAAGUAACUGGAAAACUUUCCUGAGGCCAUGCUUUCAUAGUUAGCAGGAAGAUAUAUGGGAGGGGAGAAGGUGACAAACAAAUAUUUGGGGUUAUCAUCAAAAAUCUAAUGCCUGCAAUAUUUUUCUCCCAUAACCUUGGAAACUUUCCCAGUUCAUUUUCAGUCCUAUUGUUAGCAUAGUUCUGAGGGAUUUGUUCUUGCCAAAAUGAGUUUUGUGUGGGGUUUUUAAAAUGUUAUCUCUUGACCCUUAAUGCUCAGGUUCUUGUGGGUGUUAAUCAACCACAUCCAAUGUUACCUUUUUUGGGGAGAAAGAGGAUGACCACUCAGGAUUUAAACAAGGUGGCCUUGGGAGCCUGUAUAGAUUAGCUCCAAGUAAUCCAAGCUGAAGUCCUGUGGUUUUGCAUUUAAUGGUAAUAGUUGAUUAUACGUGGCAUAAUUUUUCUGUCUGGCUUCCUACUCAGUCAUAAACAGAGACUUGAAAUAGUACUUUAAAGGUCCAAAAACCUAAAAGUACUAAACUGGAGGUAUCUAUUUCUAGGUAGUUGACUUUUUGAAAGAGAUGAUCAGCCAUGCAACUGUUUUGUACAUACUGAAUUUCUCUUUUACUUUUCUGUAUGCAAAUUAAAGCUAUAAAUUUACUCAUUUCAAUAAACUGGAAUGGCAAAAUCUCUGGUGUUACCACCAGUUUAUUCUGA